AUGUGGGAGGAGGUGAACUGGGGUCUGGAUGAAAAAUGUUCAUGCAAGAUGUUGGUAUUUGUGGGAGUCGCAUUAGUGCUGCUGCCUGAGGUGAUGGGCAAGGUUCCUAUUGGUAAAUGCACCAUGAGCAACCCUCUUCCUAAUCUUCACAAGUAUUACCAGCCAGGAGAUCCCAUCAUUGCUGGCAUCAUGUCUCAGAUCUACAUUGCUUCCAAAAUGAUAACAUUCAUGAGUCAGCCUUCUCAGGAACUGAUUGAGGAUUUCUAUCAUUAUAUUGCAGGCUGGACUUACCAUGCCUCAUUGGAGCUUCUUUCCACAUGGGGAAAAUUCAUACCUAACUACAAGUGUGAUGUCCAAAACAAUCCAGUAGUAGUCGUAGGGGGACCCAAUUCUGAUGUUUGUGGCUAUAUGGCCACCAUCCUGUGCAUGUACAAGAUUCCACAGCUCAUAUAUGGCACUGCUCCAGUAACUGAUAGCAAAAGCCAAGCUGCUUUCCUCCAUGGCUUGUUCCCGAAUGAGACCCAUCAAAAUGCAGGGAUACUCCAGCUGCUUCUGCAUUUCAGAUGGACAUGGAUUGGGGUGAUUUUUAUAAAUGAUGACCGUGGAGAAAGUUUUGUACAGCAGAUACUUCCUAUGUUUUCUCAGAAAGGUGUCUGCUUUGCCUUCAUGCAACCAUUUCCAAGAAUAAGCUUUACCAGUGAGAUGGCUGACAUAGCAGAGGAGGGGAUUAAAACAUACACAUCUGCUAUGCAAAGCACUGCCAAUGCAGUAAUUGUUCAUGGAGAAAUUCAGACCAUGCUCACAUUGAGACUUCUGCACAGGAUUACAACUUAUUUCUAUACGGAAAUAGUGAGUAAAGUCUGGUUUAUGACAGCCCAGACAGAUUUCACAUCCCUUGUCACUCAACGAGGUACAGGCAUAGACGUCCUUAAUGGCAUGAUAUCCUUUGCAAUUCACUCAAACAAGGUCUUGGGAUUCCAGAAAUUUCUUCAAGACAGAAAUUUGACCUCUGAAAAAGAAGAUGGCUUUAUCAAGGAUUUCUGGCAACAGGCAUUUCUCUGUUCGUUCCCCCAUUCCAAGGCAGAUGAUAAAACGGGGGAAAUCUGCACUGGAGAGGAGAAGUUGGAGACUCUUCCUGAGACUGUUUUUGAAAUGAGCAUGACUGGCCACAGUUACAGCAUCUACAAUGCUGUCUAUGCUGUGGGGCAUGCCUUGCAUGCCAUGGAUUCAUCUAGACCCAAGCAAAGACGAAUGAUGCAUGGAGAGAGAUGGAUGCUUCUGGAUCAACAGUCUUGGCAGAUCCACCACUUUCUGAGGACUGUAUCGUUUAACAACAGUGCCGGAGAAAAGGUUUCUUUUGACCAGCAUGGUAAAUUGCUAUCUGGAUUUGACAUUAUCAACUGGGUCAUGUUCCCAAAUCAGUCCUUUCUUAGAGUUAAAGUUGGAAAAAUAAAACCAGAGGCUCCCUCGGAUGAAGCCCUCACCAUUUAUGAUGAUAUUAUUGUUUGGCCUAGCAGAUUUAAUCAGGUGCAGCCCCUUUCUAUAUGUAAUGAAAAUUGCCAUUUGGGUCAUCAUAAGAUAAAGAAAGAAGGGAAGCCAUUUUGCUGCUAUGAUUGCCUUCCAUGUCCAGAAGGGAAGAUUGCAAACCAUAAGGAUAUGGAUGAAUGUAGUCAAUGUCCAGAAGAUCAAUAUGCAAACAAGGACCAGGAUUUUUGCAUUCCAAAAUAUAUAAGUUUCUUGUCUUAUGAAGAACCUUUGGGUACCAGUUUGGCCAUUUUUGCUCUUUCCUUCUCUUUCAUCACAAUUUUGGUUCUUGGGAUCUUCAUUAAGCACCAGGAGACUCCCAUUGUCAAAGCCAACAACCGGAACCUCACUUACACUCUCCUCAUCUCCCUUCUGCUCUCUUUCCUUUGUGCAUUGCUAUUCAUUGGUCAACCUGAGAAGGUGACCUGCCUCCUUCAACAAACUACAUUUGCCAUCAUCUUCACAGUGGCAGUUUCUUCUGUGUUGGCCAAAACCAUCAUUGUGGUUCUAGCUUUCAUGGCCACUAAGCCAGGUUCCAGAAUGAGGAAGUGGCUGGGGAAAAAAUUAGCCAGCUCUAUUGUUCUUUCCAGCUCUUUUAUACAAGCUGCUCUCUGUACUGUCUGGCUAGCAACUUCUCCCCCAUUCCUGCAUCUUGACAUGCAGUCAAUGACUGAAGAUAUUGUACUAGAAUGUAAUGAAGGUUCAACUAUCAUGUUUUACUGUGUCCUUGGCUUUCUAUAUUUUCUGGCCAUUAUCAGUUUUACUGUUGCCUUCUUAGCCAGGAAACUACCUGAUGUUUUUAAUGAAGCCAAGUUCAUCACCUUCAGCAUGUUGGUCUUUUGCAGUGUUUGGGUGUCCUUUGUUCCAACAUACUUGAGCACCAAGGGGAAAUACAUGGUGGCUGUGGAGGUCUUCUCCAUCUUGGCUUCCAGUGCUAGCGUACUGGUUUUUAUUUUUUUCCCCAAAUGCUUCAUCAUUGUCCUAAGGCCCGAUAUUAACAAAAGGGACCAGCUCAUAAUUAAAACAUAA